GUCAGGGGUCACUGGAUGGCUAAGGCUCCAAGGCGCCUCUUGGGACCGGGUCUGUGAGCCCGUCCUGAGCGGAUGGAGUCCGCGCAACGCUGCGCUUUGUGCCGCCAGACCUUCUUCUGUGGUCGCGGGCACGUCUACAGUCGCAAGCACCAACGGCAGCUGAAGGUGGCUUUGGAGCGGCUCCUGCCCCAGGUGGAGGCAGCACGCAAGGCCGUCCGCGCGGCGCAGGUGGAGCGUUACGUACCGGAGCAUGAACGAUGCUGUUGGUGUCUGUGCUGCAGCUGCGAGGUGCGGAAACACCUGAGCCACGGAAACCUGACCGUGCUACACGGGGGGCUCCUGGAGCAUCUGGCCAGCCCAGAACACAGGAAAGCAACCAACAGGUUCUGGUGGGAAAACAAAGCUGAAUCCCAGAUGAAAGAGAAAUUUCUAGUUUCCCCCCAGGAUUAUGCACGAUUCAAGAAAUCCAUGGUGAAAGGUUUAGAUGCCUAUGAGGAAAAAGAGGAUGAGGUGAUCAAAGAGAUGGCAGCUCAGAUCCGUGAGGUGGAGCAAAGCCGACAGGAGAUGGUUCGGUCUGUCUUAGAGCCUCAGGCGGUACCAGACCCAGAAGAGGGUUCUUCAGCACCUGGAAGCUGGAAAGGGACUAACAGCCAAGUAGCCUCUACCUCACAGCCGCCCUCACGUUUGCACCUACCACCAGCCCCGGAGUUUGACUGGAUGGAGACAGGACAGCCUUUGACAUUCAUUGGCCAUCAGGACACACCAGGAGUUGGCAACAUCCACUCAGGUGCCACACCUCCCUGGAUGGUCCAAGAUGAGGAAUGUAGCUCUGGGCACCAACUAAUAGGACCCUCCUAUGAAGAGUUCCUUAAAGAAAAGGAAAAACAGAAAUUGAAGAAACUCCCUCCAGAAAGAGUUGGGGCCAACUUUGAUCACAGCUCCAGCACCAGUGCAGGCUGGCUGCCCUCUUUUGGUCGGGUGUGGAAUAAUGGACGCCGCUGGCAAUCCAGGCAUCAAUUCAAAAGUGAAGCUGCAGCAAGGAACAAACAGCAUCACACCAAGAAAAAAAGCUAAUGGUUUCCUGAUACUUUAAUA